AUGGAAGGGAACCGAACGAGAACCGGUCAUCCCUCCAGCCGCUUUUCAUCGGUCAGCCGAGGAGGUCCAAGCCUGCUAGUUCCGGGGUGCGGAGGCUCGAAGCCCCCUUUUCGACCGGUCACUGCAACUGCUCGGAAGCAUCUGGGGAAGAACCGACGACCACAAUGCCGACGAAGAGAACUACCCCAGCGGGCAAACAGCGUGUGCGCACUGGCUGCUGGACGUGUCGCAGACGCAGAAGGAAAUGUAAGCCUCCUGCAACUUACUAAGUGUGGUCUCAAUCUGAUUUAUGCCGGCUCAGGCGAUGAGGCCAAGCCUCAGUGUCAAAAUUGCACUGCAAAGGGCUUUGCCUGUAAAUAUCCCAGCAAAGUCACGUUUGUCUCGAUUGUGCAUGCAUCCAAUCAGCAAUCAGAUGGGACAGGAGCAACCUACAGCACGAUUAGAUUUGUGGAUGAGACCCCCGCAACUCCUUCAUUGCAGGAGAGUGGGACGGUAGCGCACGAGCAAACUCCAGCCGAAAAUCAUGUAGAGUCGCUAGAACUCCUUCCAGGCCUUAGUCGCCCUACGGCGCAUCUUCCCUCGAACAGCGCUCUUCCUGCUGUUCGGGCUCGGCGCCAGGUUGCUUUUACCGCUCUGUCGGAUUCCGGCCAUGAUCCGGAGACAGGGUUACUUCGACAUUACUGCUAUGCACUAGCCCCUUGGAUUGAUGUUGGCGAUCCAGGCCGUGCUUUCGGCCUCGAGUUCUUGAUCCUUGGUAGGCGAGUUCGACCACUUCUCGCGGCAAUCCUCGCGCUUGCUGCUGGCCAAAGGUCGCUUGUGGUGCCGACAUAUGCAGCCGACGACCUCGCCAGGAGCCUUAGGUUCCGUGAAGAAGCCGAGAACGGCCUUCCUUUGCAAAGUACUGCUGUCCAGCGAGUAGGAAACGUGUUUUUUAUGCUACAUGACUUCUUUUCUUCGCGUCCAUCGCAGUGGAAGGCCUUGGUGACUGGUUAUACCAAUGCGCCAGGAGGCCUCGGAUGCCUGUCGGCUGCUGAUGGAGAGCUCAAUGAACCGUCUUUGUGGGUGACACUUAGAAUCGAUCUGGCUGCGUCUAUUAUAAGCUCCGAGCCUCCACAGAUGCUGAUUCCCGCGCUAGUAUCCGCCCUAGACCCAAGUUCGACCAAACAGGUCUAUCAGCAUAUCCUCCUCCUUCUCGCGCAUACCUUGAGCUUCAUCUUCGGAAGUUCAACGGCAUAUCUCGAGGGUCUGGGCCAAGUAGGCACCGUCCCCGCUUUGAAUCCCGUGUCGCAGUGGAACUAUCUGUGGACGGAAUGUCGGAGAUGGUAUCUAAAUCGUCCUCUGCAAGUGCAGCCCGUCUUGGAUGUUCGAGCUGCGCACGCAGAUGAAAUCGACCCACAGAAUGCAUCCUCCUUCCCAAUCCUGGUCUACACCACACCCCUUGCACUAGUCGCCAAUGCUGUCUACCAUGUCGCCUCUUUUCUCCUCCUGGCUCGCAAGCCACGCUUUGUGAAGACGCUGACUGGCCCGAAAUGUCUGUCCUCCUCUAUCUGGCAUGCUCAAUCCAUUGCUGGUAUUGCAACUAGCAACGACACAGUCGAACAGUGGGACCCGAUUCUCAUCGCGGGACUGCUUCUCAUAGCCAAAGACAUGACUCACCAUUUACAGCAGUCAGCGGUGUUGAACCAGCUACAGCGGAUUACAGAGUUGACAGGGAUCCACCUGGACGACGAGAUCGAGUCUCUCCAAUCCCAGUGGCGCGUGUCACGAUACGAAGAAUCAAUUGCUUGA